UGGGAAGUUAACUAAUCAUCCCUCCUUCUCUGUUCUACCCAUCAGGUCAUGCUGUUGGCCAGGAGCCUGCUAGUCUUCUCGUCUCUGAAAUACAUUAUUCCUAUAAGCAGCACUGCAAUUAACAAGACGUCGUUCAUGUCUUGAUCCCCACUUCCCUAUCGCCAACCCAGCCCGCCCCUUAUCUCAAUCUCAGAUCUGCCCCAGUCGUCGGUGAUGCUAUUGCUUAAAUUUCUAUGCCAUCCAUGGGGUCUCGUAAGAGAGUAAAGCCCAGUUUGCCAGGCGCGGACGCGCGGUCCACAACAUCCUCCAACGACACUGCUGUCUCCGGCUCCACGGCCAAACAACGUGCUGGGGCGCAGAAGAGAGGGAGCGGUGUGAGCUGGUAUCCGACGGUCUGGCCGGCCGUUUCAAGAGCAUCAAAAGCCGCUCCGGUUACCGAGGUUGCCCGUGAGAGCAUCUCGGCCGCCCAGAACACUCCUCCUUUCCAUUCUCCCCCGCGACUCACCUCCUCAUCGACCUCCCAACUCAGCGUCUCCAGACAGUCUCGUCAUCCGUCUCUUCAGUUGACCCGCAAGGACACUGCUUCUAGUCGCUCGCUCCCCGCUAGCGCCACCACCACCAUAGUCAAUAUUGCGUCAGAUGGGACCGCGUCGACUCCGGCAGACGACGCCCGCUCGGAUCGUACGACGGUGGCAGCAUCGCAACCCGUCCCGGAGGUAGCACCGAGUAGCAGAGGCCCGGUUGGGGCGGGGGAGACGCGCGCGGGCCAGUCCAAUACAGCUCCUGCAACAGCCGACGCGGACGACAGUGCCACAGGCGGAAGUUCCGGUGCUCCUUCGGAUUCUCAGCCAGCUGGGUGGUUCUCGUGGUUCUAUGGGCCAUCGACAGCCGAUAACUCUGUUCAGAGAGACCAAAUGGCGAAGAAAGAAGAGGACCCUCCCGCGAAACCGCAAGAUCACAAGGAGGAGGAUAGGACGGUAGAGGGUCAGAAUGGAAUGGUAGCGCAAUCAGAGACGGACCAGGAGCGGUCAACCGAGGUAUCUGAGGUCUCUCGGACAGCCCAGAAGCGGUCCUGGCUACAGAUGUUGUACGGCUCAUCGACAGCGAAAGGGCUGGAAAAUACUCCCAUUGAGCCCUCUAGUGGUACUGAUACAUCAACUUCUUCGAUCGCGCCUGCAGCGCCUGCCGAACCUGCAGCACCUGCACCGAGCCAAGAGGAUAACGUGCAAGGGGAGGCGAGUGGUCCGGUCAAGCCGCUGGAUCCGAACACAAAAGCUUCCGGGUGGAGUUUCUGGUUUCGGGAUGCGUCGAAGGAUGCCGAACUCGGCAAGUCGCAAGAGGUUCAGGUAGCCGAAGCGUCCAUGACACAAGAGUCUCUGAAGAAACCCGCUGCAGAACCUGAGUCUGAGAAUCAGCCUCGUGUGGAGGUCGUCAAGAAAGGAAGCGUCAAGUCGAAGGCUUCAAAGAGCACUACUAAUCUACUCGACAAGGCCACUGCACGGGCCGAAGCGGAAGUCAACGGUCCAACCCCUGGGCCAUCUGAGACAGCAGCAGCAAAACAUCUGCAGAAGAUCCUGCCAAACCAGGUGCUUCCGCGCUUCGAGGACACAUUCGCUUUGGAAGAGAAGCCGGGCAUACUUCAGACGAUUGGACGCUACUUGCAUUACAACAAACAGCCAGAGAACAAGCAUGUUUACAUGGUCCGCGAUCCGCCGCAUAUCAAAAAGGCAUUGGCCAUCGGUGUGCACGGGUACUUCCCGGCCCCUCUAAUACGAAGUGUUCUCGGACAGCCCACAGGAACAUCGAUCAGGUUCUCAACGAUGGCCGCGGAGGCGAUACAGAAGUGGGCUGGAGACUUUGGCUUCAAAUGCGAGGUGGAAAAGAUUGCCUUGGAAGGCGAGGGCCGUAUCGCCGAGCGCGUGGAACUAUUGUGGAAGCUGCUCUUGAAUUGGAUGGAGGAGAUCAGAAAGGCGGACUUUAUUUUGAUUGCAUGCCAUAGCCAAGGCGUCCCAGUGGCGAUAAUGCUUGUUGCCAAGCUGAUAUCCUUUGGGUGUAUUAACGCAUCUCGGAUCGGUAUAUGUGCCAUGGCGGGUGUCAAUCUGGGCCCGUUCACGGACUACCGCUCACGAUGGAUCAGCGGAUCUGCUGGUGAACUUUUCGAGUUCGCCCUGCCCUACAGUCAGGUCUCGAGGGACUAUGAAGCGGCAUUGCGCGCGUGCUUAGACUUUGGGGUCCGGAUCUCGUACAUUGGAAGCAUAGACGAUCAGUUGGUUUCGCUCGAGUCUUCACUCUUCACACCCGUGAGCCAUCCGUACAUCUACCGUGCAGCCUUUGUGGAUGGCCGAGUCCACGCUCCAAGCUUUCUGUCCCACCUCGUCGGCUUCGUCCUCAAACUCCGCAACCUCGGCAUCGCAGACCACGGCCUCAUCCGUGAACUCAGCUCCCCACUGGCAGGCAGCCUCUACACCGGCGAAGGCCACUCUCGCCUCUACGACGACCCAGCCGUCUACCGCCUAGCCAUCCAAUUCGCCCUCCAAACCACGGCGCUCCCCUCUACAACACCCUCCUCUACCCCCAACUCAACGCUUCUCCACAUCAAACGGCCUCAACCCCCGUCCACCCCGGCAAACCCGUACAUCCUCCCCUUCGCCAUGCGCGGCAUCCUCGAGGAGGAGUACGUCCGUCGCGAACUAGGUGAUGAAACCCUUGAGCUCCUCCGACAGUUCGAUGACUGGAAGCCUACGAGUAAAGUGCUUAAGGAUGUCAAGUUUCGGUUGGAGGGAAUCCGGUCGAAGUUGUAGACGUGCAUUCAACUCCGAAAGCGAAGUGCAAGCAAAGAGCAAAGAAAUUCCAAGAAAAAUCAGGUGGGUUGGUGCGCGGCUGGGUCCCUCAGUAUGUCUGUACUCCGUAGAGUUAUAGAAAUUGAGCAGUGCGAGCGAGUUGUGGCGCUUGGUUGGCUUUUGUGGGUUUUGGGUGGAUUUUAGCCUUGACCUGGUAGCUAGCAGCUGGUAGCUUUAAGCUUUGAGCUUGCCUUUUGGCUAGGG